GUAACGACAGUUCAAGCAAGUACAGACCGGUUCUUGAAGCAAAGAUGCGCGUAUUCAUUUUGACCGCUUGUGUUUUCGGUGCUUUGGCAGCAUUGUUGUACACGACAAAUGCUGAGCCCAUACCACAAGGACCACCUCAAGGAGUACCGCAAGCGCCACAAAAACCCGCUAUAGAAAGUCGCUAUCGUCGUGCCGCUCAAGGACCACCUCAAGGAGUACCACAAGCGCCUCAAAAGCCUGCCAUAGAAAGUCGCUCUCGUCGUGCCGCUCAAGGACCACCUCAAGGAGUACCACAAGCGCCUCAAAAGCCGGCUAUAGAGAGUCGCACUCGUCGUGCCGCUCAAGGACCACCACAAGGAGUACCACAAGCGCCUCAAAAGCCUGCCAUAGAAGGUCGCUAUCGUCGUGCCGCUCAAGGACCACCACAAGGAGUACCACAAGCGCCUCAAAAACCAGCUAUAGAGAGUCGCUAUCGUCGUGCCGCUCAAGGACCACCACAAGGAGUACCACAAGCGCCUCAAAAGCCUGCCAUAGAAGGUCGCUAUCGUCGUGCCGCUCAAGGACCACCACAAGGACCGCCAGGUGGUGGUAUGGGGGGUACGAUGGGUGCUGGUAUGGGAUUCAGCAUUGGUGGAAGCGCAGGAGCACAGGGUGGUGCUCAAGGUCAAGGUGGUGCGAAAUAGUCUACCAAAAUGAAUGGAUAAUAUUGGUAUAUAAAAUUCCUUGAUAAUAAAAAAAUAUCAGUGCAG